GCUGUGUGAAUCACCCGACGCUAGAUGGCGGUAAGAGGCUUUGUAAACCGGAAAUCUCUGGAAAUAAUGAACACGAGGAAACGGUGUUUCCAAGGAAAUGAAGCCUUAACGACAGAGAGGUGUGUAAACAGUGGACAGACGGUUGCACUUGGGUCUCUUAUGGCAGAAUUGCAUAUAAUUGGCCAGAUUAUUGGGGCCACUGGUUUCCCACAGAACAGCCUCUUUUGCAAGUGGGGUGUACACACAGGUGGAGCAUGGAAACAUCUGUCUGGUCUGAAAGAAGGCCAAACCCAAGUGGAUAUGCCUCAAACUGGGGACAUGGCAUAUUGGAGCCACCCUAUUGAUUUGCACUAUACUACUAAAGGCUUACAGGGAUGGCCAAAGCUACAUCUACAAGUGUGGCAUCAGGACUCUUUUGGGCGAUGCCAGCUCUACGGUUAUGGAUAUUGCCACGUACCAUCAAGCCCAGGCCAGCAUCGUCUGCAGUGUGCCACAUGGCGUCCGCUUGGUUCCUGGCAGGAUCAACUUGCUCAGAUGUUUGUUGGCGGAGGCCCACAGCUACGCUCUCCGGAUCUCAUUUACAGCGGAGCAGACAGAUACAGACUCCACACGGUUGCCAUGGGCACAGUCGAACUAGAGCUAUGCGUUAUCCUGAGGCACUUUGACAGAUAUGGUGUGGAGACCUGAGGAUGGAGUACAGAUUAUGACUUUUCUGAGGUAGAAGUUUGUGUUUAGCAAAAUGUAAAUAUGUAUUAUCAUAUAUAGUGAUAUUAUAUGAACUGAGUGGAAUGUUAGGAAAAGUUUUUUUAUUUCAUUUUUUAUACAAAUGUAUUUUGAUACAAUUAAAUUUGAUUGUUUUCAAAAUAA